AUGGCUUACGAUGGCUUCCAAAGAAGCUCCAGUCCGUACGACCAGGCGGGCAAUAUAGGUCAAAUAAACCCCAGUGAUUAUCGUUCUCCGACCUACCCUCCUCCCUAUCCCUCUCAGUACGGCCCUGAUCGGGUGAACAUGCCACAGCCCCAAGUGCCUCCGCCGGCUCCGUCGUCAACUCAAGGCCAGUAUGCGGAGUCGCCCUCUCAGCAAUACUCAUGGCAUCAGCAGCCAUCUACGGGAACUAUCAAUGAGGCUGUCAGCUCGGCUUUCCGCAAAGCUGAUACGCCAACCUAUCUAUCGCCUGAGGUCCUGUCCCAAAUCACUGCGACCGUGAUCCAACAGCUCAAAGCAACCGGUUUGGAUAACGUCCAAGCCCAGCAUCCACCGCAGCCGCAGCAACCAUCGCCGCAGCCACCAUCCGGUCCGGCGCCGUCACAGUGGGUGCCUCCCCGUUAUGCUCCCCAAUACAAUUAUAACGAAUACGAAUCGCCUCCUGCUGUACCACCAAAGCCAUCUUCGUCGCAACCGGGUGCCGCCCCCGAAACUUCCGACUACCAGCAGUACCCGCCACCUGGUACAUUUGCGAGCCCUCAUCCUAGCGCACGACCCUCCCCCGCACCUCCCUUAGAGAGGAGAGAAUCGCCGUAUAGCCAAGCAAGCGAUCAAAGCCAGAAAAUGGAAGCACGACCGAGACCACCGUCGAGGGACGCAACCGUGACUGAGAUGACAACGUUGGAGAAGAUAUGGGGCAAGCUCUUUGAGGACGGCAAGCCAACGAAGAGGCUGGGCCAACUCUUGCGCGGCAUAGCAGUCCAUCUGGUAAGCACGGAUGCCAUCGGUUGGGCGAUUUCGUAUCUGACAGUGUGCAAGACCGAGGACUACCCUCCAGGUAACACUCUCGUGGUCGUUCCCGAAAAGCUGCAGAAGUUCUACGAGGAUACCAAGGUUCCUUCAGACCUCUACCCAUGGCAAGAUAUCUUCGAUGACCGUACGUCUUCGAUCUCGAGGUUGUUUCGUGAAGUAGAAGCCGAACAUCACCUUGUUCAGGUUAAACUGAACGAGCGGCCGGAUAUCCCGGGCUUGACGCCACGAGGUUUCGAACGCUGGGCUACCUUGAUGAUUCAAGCGCACCCCGACAGAGAAUACGAACGGUUGCAGAAGGCAGUCCUGAACAUGCCUAUCAACAACCCAGAUGACAGACGAGAAAGAUUCCCAAAGGAGAUUCCUCGCCGGCUAUUCCCCGAGGCACCAGAUCUUACCGUUAGAGAUGAGCUCGAUCGAUUCAUCACAAAGCAUUGUGGUGUGGACUUGCCUCCAGUCACCGAGGAGGAGCUCAAGAAGGUCGCUGCGCACCGCCACAAGGUGUCUACGAGCUCAACUGCAUCGGCUGCCGAGACAGCUCCUUCUGUGACAGAGCGGGGCCGUCAGCAGCACCACACGUCCUCAGCCAUAAUGGAUGAUGACGAGGAAGAGGCCCGGUCUCGGCCUAUUGAGCGUGAGAGGAAGCCAUACAGUGCGCAGCCAGGGGGAGGGAAGGUAUACGAGGAGCCAGGCGCCUCUUCCCACCGACACAAAGACUCCUUCUCCACUGGUUCUCGCUCAAAAGAGGGAUCUGUCCCUCCUGUCUCCCGCAAAGCAUAUGACUCAUACGGCCAAGAUCCUCUGUACCCCCGUGCAGGAAGUCGCGGAUCGCAGCGUCCAAUAAGUAUACAUGGCCGGACACGGAGCUCUUCUCGAGGUGGGCACGGAGGAGGUGACUACAGACAUUCAGAAAGUGACCUGCUGUCCAGCUCGCACAACGUUGGAUCUCGGCACUCUGGCCUCUCCGGCAGUGAUUACUACUCCACUUCAUCUACCCUUCCUGGAGAUAUCAUCGAAGAUAGUCGGCGGUACCGCGAUAGUGAUGACCAGAGGCUGUACGAGUCACUUCGGGAGAGGGAGAAGGAACGCGAAAAGAGCAAAUAUCAUGACCAUCUUCCUUCCCGAAGCAGCUGGGCUAAUGAGGAAGAAUACUACCGCGGCUUGCUUGGCGGUCAGGGUGGUGGCCCAGUCAGUGGCAGCAGUGGCGGGUACGAUUACAAGACGUAUACCUACAGGUGA